AAAAAAAAGCAUAGUACUUUUUAUCUGUAAGAGUAUAGCCUACUUAAUGAAUGUACUUUCUUACAGUCCACCUCUGAUUUUUUUUCUGUAAAUGAAAGUAACACCAUUUAUUGUGAGAAUAUUAAUGCAUUGUAACUAUAUGAAAGACUGCAUCUGCAGGACUGGGACCGGUCAAACACAGCACUGUUAGCUGUCACAGAUGACACUGAACAUUAAGCUGUACUAUCCUAACAAACAAUUAUAAUCAGUUUAUUCCGUUUUAUUUUCAUGGUUAACUGCCUUAAAAAAUCUGGGUUGCAAACCUGUCUACAUUUGAUCACAAUGGUCAAGACAAUAAACUACAUAAAAUCACACCUUUGUAAGAUAUCAGUCAGCACUUUAACUGCUAUGUGUGUGCUCGUGUAUUUUGUAGUUUUUCAUAUGUAUCAUUACAUUAUUCAAGCAAGUUCCAAGCCAGUAGCUGCAUUUAUAGUUGUAAUCAAACAAAGGACGCAGCAAACCAGUGUAAUUUACCUGGCCUCGGACUUUGACGUAAAACAUACAAACUAAAGUGAGCCCCACCUGCCCUGACAGGAUUGUGUUCUCGCACCGUUGAUCUUUGACAAAGCGCUCAUCGGGAACACCUGGUGUCAAACCCUGCGGAGGCGGAGCGUCUCACGCACUACGGAGACCUCUGCGAAGUCCGUGUCCUUCGAAGUGUGCACACUUAACUUUGUGACACCGUUUAUAGGACAGAUCGAGUGAUCCGCGUUGAUGGAUCUGGUUUGAAAGCAGCGGCUGGAGUUCUGUCGGAAGUUACAGUCCAAGUCCACAGGAGGUUUGAAAGGCCUGCAGUAUGGCGUGUGCACAGCAAUCUGCUACAGACUACCUCGAAAAGACCAGGAGAGACCUGGUGAAACACAUGAAAAACCUUCCUCUGAUCAUUGAGAAUCUUAAGCAGAAGAGGGUUUUCAAUGACGAUAACGUCAAUGAUCUGAAAGCCGAGGACACAGAGUUUGAUAAAGCCAGAUGUAUACUGGACUGGGUCAUUAAAAAAGGUGAACUGGCCAGUUAUGAAUUACUCAAGAUUCUGGAUGAAACUAAGAAGAGGACAUUAGAUCCUGCUUUACACUCCUGGAUCAGCUGUUUUCCCUUCAGAGAUGAAGACGCAGAGCCCAGCUGUUUAUUUGGUACAAAGCCCUGUAAAAACUACCAGAUCCAGCUCAAAAAGAAAGCAGAAAGUUUACUGAAGGACCAAAGGGAAAGUUGCUGUAAAUAUCUGGAUGACAAGGUACAAGGAAACUUCAGUUUUAUUCCUCUUGUUCUAGAGACCGGCUCUGCGGUAAAAACUCCUCAAGACAAAAUAUAUUUGAAAAACAAAAAAUGCAAAAAACUGAGAGCUUACAUUCCUACCGAGGGUCAAGCGUUAUCACCUGAGGACCUCCUGAGAUGGAAAGACAAAAGCAUCCUCAUCGUCGGCAAACCUGGAGUAGGAAAGACUACAGUUGUCCAGGAAAUGCUGCGUGUUUGGGCAGAGAAGGAUGACAGAGAGAUAGACUACAUGUUUUACUUUGAUCAAAGUGUUCUGGCUCACAAUAGUGUUGCCAGCUUGGAAUCUCUUUUGUUUGAUGUGUAUAUAAAACCAAUGGAAAAAGACAAAAAAGAAGUGUUUCAAGAUAUUGAGGAAAACUCUGAGAAUGUUGUCAUCGUGUUUGAUGGUGUGAUGGAUUUGGGGAAAAAAUCCAUCUUGAGGAAGAUCAUGAAGCACGAGCUCCUGCCGGAUGCCAAGAUUGUGAUCACAUGCAGAUCAGAGCAGGAAGAUGAUCCACUUUUCUCUGACUGGCCGACACAGACCGUGUAUGUACAAGGAUUCAGUGCAGAGUCUAUCAACACUUACUAUCAGAAGAUGUUGGGUCAUGAUCCUGUUCUUCUAGAAGCUGUUUUGAAGAAUCAAGAGCUCUUCAGUCUUAGUCAUGUUCCAUUGUAUGCAUUCAUGAUUGUAGACUUGAUUAAGUUUAAAAAUGACACCGUAUGCAACCAUCCAUACACAGUCACUGAAAUCUACAUCCACAUUUUCCGUUUUGCUGUGAAGAAACAUGGGAAUAAACAAAAUGAGCAAAUAGACAAGUAUCUGAAAGAGAAGAAGGAUCAGAUUCAUAGAUUAGUGAAAAAUGCUUUCGAUGACACUAUGAAGAAGUGCCUGAACCUUACAAAUUUUAGCAGUGAUGAGACAGACAUUUGUCAUGCUUUUCUGAAAAUGAUCACAACAACAGACUCACCAACAUCUGCAACUACACACUGUGCGUUUCUCCACAACACAAUGCAGGAAUUCUUCUCCGCUUUGUGGCUUCUUGGACAUCCAGAUGAAAUUGAGAAAGUCCUACAGCUCUGUCAGACUGAGGAGCAUAAACACAUGAGAUAUGUUCUUCCUUUCUUAUGUGGACUUCUGAGUGAACACAACACCCGACUCCUCAAGUGUCUCUUCACAGAGGAUCAGAUAAAGAAAACAUCUGACUGGUUGAUUGAGAAGCUUUUGGACACAUUUCUUCAAGCUCACAGUGAGAGUGAAAAGUUUGAUCUUCUCUAUGUGUGUCAGUGCUUGUAUGAGCUCCAGUCUCCUAAAGCCUGCUUAAUGUUCCUGGAGAAGAUGAACCAUCAGCUUGAACCAGAAGUGGAUCUCGAUCCUCAUCAGUGUUGUGCUCUGUCUUAUGUGAUUGGUCAGUCCAGAGAUAAAGAGGUUUAUCUGAAUCUGGACGACUGUGACGUAGCUGAUAUAGGAAUGAUCAUGCUGCUCAGCUGCUCUCCAAACAUCAGGGUAAAGACUUGUAAAGAACCGCUGAAGCAAAUCAUAUUCUUUGAAGAAUUCUUCCAUAAAUCAUUAAAUCAAUGUGACUGCAAACUUUUUGAGGUGAGAGGAAGAGACAACCCAGGAACUUUAAAUGCUCUGCUGGAUCUGUGCUCACAUGUGAAGAACUAUGAGACUCAAACAGGCAGGAGUUUUCUUCCAGCAUUACAGUCAGUUUUCCAGUUACGUGAUGUCUGGAUCAUAGAUCUCUCAGAGAGAAAGAGCUCGGUCCUCCUGGAAGUGUUGAAGCUCCAGACAGAAAAGAAAAUAGUCGAGCUGAGUGGAUUGUCAGAUGAAGAGAGUGAUGUGAAGAGUCUCCUUCAGUGUCUGCCACACAUCUCAAAGCUGAGAUUCUCUGAUCUGAGUAAAAGCGUUCUUCAUGAAUUUCUUCUGAGUCUCUUCAUUAAAGCAGCAGAGAUCGAGACCCAGACAGGAGAACAGAUGCUGGAACAGUUAGCAUUAGUCUGCACCAGCUCUUCCGAUAAUAGACAGACUUACAUAUUUGAUGAUUGGGAUUUCCUGCUGGAUCUGUACUCUCGUGUGAAGAACUAUGAGACCCAAACAGGCAGGAGUUUUCUUCCAGCAUUACAGUCAGUUUUCCAGUUACGUGAUGUCUGGUUCAUAGAUCUCUCAGAGAGAAAGAGCUCAGUCCUCCUGGAAGUGUUGAAGCUCCAGACAGAGAAGAAAACAGUCGAGCUGAGAAGAUGUUCAGAUGAAGAGAGUGACGUGAAGAGUCUCCUUCAGUGUCUGCCACACAUCUCACAGCUGAGGUGA